AUGUCCAACACAUCAGACUUUAUUUUGAACAAGGAGGAUCAUACAUUGGGCAACCUCCUCUCUGAGCACAUCAAGGCUCACCCUAAUGUCUACAUGGCUGGCUACAAGCUCGGCCACCCCAAUGUCCCUCAGCUCUUUAUCCGCGUCCAAACAGACGGUACCAAAACUCCCCGCGAGGUAUUCACCGCCGUCUGCGAAAAGCUUAUCAACCAGCUAGAGUCACUACACCAAGAAUUCACACGUGAAUGGGAACUUCGGCGCAUCACCAACACUGGAGAGCAGGGCAACAUGCAAGGGACUGGUUUCUAA